ACUUCUUCAUUGUCUGUCAGCUAUAAAAAAUAUUGUAAACGUCGUAAGAAUGAAAAAGAAAACGAUCCACUUUCCUUAAAAAAAAUACUUAUCAGGCAAAAUGUUUCGGAUAACGCCGUACGUUUAUAAUACUAGGUUUCUGUUGUGGCGCCGUUAUCCUGCCGAUAUACAAAUAGUUACUAUCACACAUGCCCCACCCACCCUGAAGUACAAGGACCCAACAGAACGACAAACCUGUCCUCCGCCGUUACCACCGCCCCCUCCACCGCCGAAGGACGACCGUGUGUUCUGGGGAACAUUGGGUGUUGUGUUUCUUGCUGGAGGUUUUGCUGUGUAUGCCAAACAAAACCCUGAAGUGCGUGAUUGGCUGUCAAUCCAAGCUCCAUGGUUCGACGACUUGAUUGCUAUAGCGUACCAGGAGAACAUGACAUAUGGAGAGUUCUUGGCGAAGAGCAUCGAAGAUUUUAAAAAUUGUUACUUGAAGUAUUUCACCGAUAAAAAACCCAAGAAGUGCUCUAUUGAUGGAGAGCCUAUUCUGUAUAUUUCUGAAGGAUCUAGAGGUAAAGGAUCUAAAGAGAAAGGGCCAAAAGAGAAGAUAACUGAAAAAGAAGAUGAAGAAGAGACAGAAUCGGAGCAACCUCCCUGCGAGAUUACACCUCCGCCAGUCAUUACAAAAGACAUCUGUGAGAUCGAGAUGUGUUUCAAAGACUUGGGAGAUUCUAUCAUCAAUAAUUAUCUAACCGCAAGAGACGCAUGUGCUUAUUAUAAUAAGUUAGUAGAAGAAAUAAUGGACAACUUUUGUCUGAAUUCAUUUGUAAACUUGCACGCAGCGAUGGCUGAACGAAUCGACUUAGUCAACGUGUCUCUUAAAAAUAUCGAUAGUGCAACCCCUAAAUUAGACGGGCUAAUACAUUAUUUCGAGUGCGGUGUAAAAGCUUCUAGCGAAGCUAUGAAUAACACGAGGUGCCUUAUAAAGGAAUAUCGAGACAAAAUUAAAGCUAUGAUGAUUGAAUAUAAGUGGCAGAACGACAAGUCUGUAGUAUUAGAUGCGCAAUGGCAAAAGGUAGAAGAAUUAAUGUUAAAGUACACAGAAGAAAACGAGACUUUAUUUCCUGGUUUAAAGUAUACACAGAAGAAACCUUCGAUGCAAGGCGAUGCAGACUUACUUCUGUACCAUACAUAUAGAUAUUCUCAAAAAUUGGAAGAGGAACUGAAAGGAGCUAAUACUCGUAUGACUGACAGAGUGAAUAGAGCUAUCGACACUUUGCCACAUUGUGAAAAAGAUAAGAAAGCAAGGGAAGCGAAUAUACAGGCAGAACUUAAGAGAAAGAGAGCUGAUUUGGAGAAGGAAUAUAAAAAAAGAUAUGACGAUUUAAGAGCUACCAAUGACAACACUCUGAAAGAAGCUUUACAGAAACAGCUGGCCAGACACCAAGAAAAUGUACAAAUAAGACUUAUUCAGAAGGAAAAUGAAAUAAAGGCGAAGUUUAAUAAAUUGGUAGCAGAAAAAGUGGCGUGUGAAAAGAAAAUGUUUGCGAAUCAGUUGAAAGAGAUGGGUGCCAAACUGAAAAUUGUUGAAGAUAAACUUAACGAUCGCUUGAAAGCGGAGCGUGAGACUCGCAGAUCACAAGAAUUAUGGACAGCCGGCGCUUCGUUGCUCGCUGCAACAAAAAAGGGCGAUUCGAUAGUAAAGGUCGAUAUGGAGUUGAAGGCCAUUGAGAAAGCUUCUGGCGAUGGUGACAAAUUGGUGCUGACUAUUCUGAAGGCUAUACCAGAUUCUGUGCGCGAGAAAGGAAUUGUUCCUGAAAGUGUACUGCGUGAAAAAUAUCAUCUGAUGGAGAAAACUGCUUUGAGGGUAGCCUUAGUGGAGCAGGAUGGUGGGGCCCUGCCGAUCUUCUUCUUGUCGUGGUUGCAGUCUCUUUUUCUGUUUAUGAAGCUUUCAGGUAUUCCUCAAGUAGAGAUUGAUAAGCCACCCCAGGAGCCUUUUAAAAAUUUGGAUACAUUUGAUUUAUUGCAAAGAGCCAGAUUUUGGAUCGAACGCGGUAAUUUAGCGGCGGCGCUCCGCUACGUUGCUUCCCUGGAGGGUGCGUCUCGGGCUGCGGCAUCUACAUGGCAUGACGCUGCCAAAUCUCAUUUGGAGACCAGGCAAGCAGCUGAAGCUGUCCUGGCUCAUGCUGCUGCUUUAGGCCUGCAAUAUAUUUAGAGUGUAAAUAUUUGAAUUUACUUGUAACACCAAUAAACAAAUGAGAAAUAUGUAGCAAACUUCACAUUAAUGAAUUCGAAAAUUGAAUUUUGUUUACAUUGUUUAACGACUAAAUACAUAUA